UUCAUCGCCGAGGGCGCAAUAACCCAGCUGAAGAAAACACGGCCCAUCCCCGUGGUUCGGGGACCACUAUGGACCCGACGCGAACUCCGGAGAGCUGUCCUGGCUCCGCUCAAUCUCGCAACAGAUCCGGAGUGUACUCCGGACGCGGCAGAGCGCGAGUUCUGAGCAAGGCAGAGUCAUCGGAGCCUCAAGGGAUGCAGCUGGCACAUCGCGAGCAGCACAGACUCUCAAUGCAACCCAUCACGUCAGAGCAAAACUCAGUGUUGAACAUUGCCAAACGGAAGCAAACCCUGUGCUCAAACCUGUCUGCUUCGUGUAAAAUCGCUGGAAUUGAUAACAUCUCAUAUCCUCGUGCUGCGAAAAAGAAAUGUGAUAAGUUCCUCAACAUUAAGUUGUUGGAAGGAUCUGAUUUCGGUUCAGUGCUUGAUGCGAGUGUGUACAAGUACGCCUGCUCCGAGUUCAGCGUAACUCCCGCCACAGAAGAUAUGAUUGCAUCUACUUGCGAUGCGUUAGAAACGUUUCGCACUGAUUUGAAUAUUGAUGUUUCGCUAGAGCCGUCCAUUACAAUAGCUGACCUUGCGGAAGUUACUAGAAGUCUUGAUAUACCUGUUGAUGCCCCUACUAGCAAACCAGGAGUGGGAGUACCUCCUAGUAAGAAUGAGACACCACAGGGGAUCCGCACGACACAAUUCCUAAAAGGGGUUAGAAGAAAACUCGUUGUGGACACAGUGACCAAGACCGUCACAGAACGCAACGAAUGGGCAAAGACGGUCACCAACUUGAACACGGGAAUGGAACAGAAAGACGUACGUGUUGAAUCAAAGAUAAAUAAAGAAGAACACUGUAAACGUGAAGAAGAAGUAAUAGAAUCGUACUGCACAAGGGCCUCCAUCAUACCGGAGUCAGCCACUACCGCUACAUUCCCCAUUGCAGAGGUAGUCUCAACUCCGGCCGAAGCACCUCCAACUCUCUUCUACACAGACAGCACAGGAGAUAGCCAGACUUGGACACUUGCGCGAGAGUCUAUACCACGACUCUCUGCGGUGUCGCACCCAGCUGUGGAAGUACCUCCAGUCUCGGCUAAACCCAAGGAAGAAGCUGUACCGAGUGUACGUGGCACAAGCUUAGAGACAUCUGCCAGACCAAUUCUAAAACCCCCCGUAGAGCAGAGACGUUCGGAAGAUAAAAGCAGAAGGCUGGGUUUCCAAGAGGUCGAAGAAAAACCUCCUGAAGUACAAAAGAAAGAAGUCAUUGCGGACGAGGAUGAGGAGCUAUCCGAACCUCCACCGUCACGGUUCAGUAAGAUGAGGCGUAAGGACUCCAUAGCAGUUACAAAGCUGCGGCUGAUGAAGGAGACGCCUGCGGAGGAUGAAGAGCUGGACGAGGAAGAAAGUGAACCUGAAGAUGGCCAAAAGCGGCCCAUAUUCAUGGCUCCGAUUAUUAUCUCCCUGGGCGCAAGCGAACCUACUAGUGCUGGUGAUAUCUCGCCAGCGACAGCAUCUCCUCAGGAACCAACAAAAGGCGUAGAGGAAGUGGACGUCACGAGAAAGGUAACACAAGCUAAGGAAGUUGUAACGGAAGGUACAAAAUUGCCAGAGGAGCAAGGGAAAGCGGAGCCAGCCGAAAAAGCUGUAACGCCUUCUGAACACGUGAUAGAAAAGCUAGCUGAAUUGGAAGCAACAAAAGCGGCUGGGGCAGCUCUCAAAGAAGUGACUGAAAAAGUGGCGGGAAGGCCUCCUGAGGUAGAGCCAGAAGAAGGGAUUGAAAAAGUUCCUAAAAAGGUCGCAGGAGAGCCUGUUGAGGUAGUACCCGUAGAAGAGGCUGAAAGAGUUCCCGAAAAAACGGCAGAAAAGCCUACUGAGGUCAAGGAAGUAAAAGGAGCUGUAGCGCUUCCUGAAGAAGUGGCAGGAAAGCCUGCUGAAGUAGGACCAGUAGAAGAGGCUGAAAAACUUCCCGAAAAAGUGGUAAAAAAGCCUGCUGAGGCAGGGCCAGCAGAAGAGGCGGAAAAACUUCCCGAAAAAGUGGCAGAAAAGCCUGCUGGGUUAGGGCCAGUAGAAGAGGCUCAAAAACCUCCCGAAAAAGUGGCAGAUAAGAUAACUGAGGUAGAGCCAGUAGUAGAGGCUGAAAAACUUCCCGAAAAAGUGGCAGAACAGCCUGCUGAGGCAGGGCCAGCAGAAGAGGCUGAAAAACUUCCCGAAAAAGUGGCAGAAAAGCCUGCUGAGGUAGUGCCAGUAGAAGAGGCUGAAAAACCUUCCGAAAAAGUGGCAGAAAAGCCUACUGAGGUAAAGCCAAUAGGAGAGGCUGAAAAACUUCCCGAAAAAGUGGCAGAGCAGCCUGCUACGGCACGGCCAGCAGAAGAGGUUGAAAAACCUCCCGGAAAAGUGGCAGAAAAGCCUACUGAGGUAGAGCCAGUAGGAGAGGCUGAAAAACUUCCCGAAAAAGUGGCAGAACAGCCUGCUGAGGCAGGGCCAGCAGAAGAGGCCGAAAAACCUUCCGAAAAAGUGGCAGAAAAGCCUACUGUGGUAGAGCCAGUAGGAGAGGCUGAAAAACUUCUCGAAAAAGCAGCAGAAAAACCUACUGAGAUAGAGCCAGUAGGAGAGGCUGAAAAACUUCCCGAAAAAGAGACAGAAAAGCCUACUGAGGUAGGGCCAACAGAAGAGGCUGAAAAACUUCCCGAAAAAGUGUCAGAAAAGCCUGCUGAGGUAAGGCCAGUAGAAGAGGCGAAACAACUUCCCGAAAAAGUGGCAGAAGAACCUACUGAGGUAGAGCCAGUAGGAGAAGUUGAAAAACUUCCCGAAACAGUGGCAGAACAGCCUGCUGAGGCAAGGCCAGCAGCAGAGGCUGAAAAACCUCCGAGAAAACUGACAGAAAAACCUACUGAGGAAGAGCCUGUAGAAGGGGCUGAAGGAGUUGUCGAAAAAGUGAUAGAAAAGCCUGCUGAUGUAGAGCCUCCAGAAAAGGUUGCAGCACUCCGCGAUCACGAUAGAAGAGAGCAAGCUGAGACGGAACCAUCAAAACAAGCCGUGGCAGCUCUUCAAGAAGCAGUAGCAGAAAAACGGGUAGGUCUAGAACCUGUCAAAAAAGCUGCUGUACAUCCUGAAGCUAGAGCAGGAAAGCCAGACGAAGUGGAGACAACUAAAGCGGAAGUAACGCCCAAAAGACAGGUUGUUACAGAGAAAGUAACAGGUGUCUUACCUGACGUAAGACCAGUAAAAGAGCUUGUAGCGCAUUACGAAAAGGUUAUGGCCUCGCCAGCCGAAAAGUCGUUGGAAAAGCGGGGUCUGGUGGUACCAUACACAGAAUUUGGCGCACUCAUAGAGAAAGCGACAGAAGACGUAAUACCUGUUGAGCCCUUGAAAUUUGCUUUAGUUGCAGCCGAAGAAGCAGCUCAGGCAGAAACAAUUGAUCAAACAAAAGUAGCAGCCGAAAAGGCGACGGAAGUAUUAUAUGAGGCAGAGAAAUUUACACAAGAAAUGACAAAGGAAAAGGAAGCAGUCACUGACAACUCGCUUGUAGAAAUAAGUGAAAAUUUGAACGAGGUUCAACCUAAGAUAGAGUACCCAUUGCCUGUCGAAAGAAGUGAACAGCCUAUAGCCAUUAUAGCAGAAGAGUCCUUGGUAGAAACAACCCCAGAAGAGGUUGUAAGUAGACCAACAGAGGAUGGACGCGUUGAGGCUCUGAAAACAACAGAACAGUUGCGCGAAGUGCAACCAGAGCCGGAACAGACAGAGUUGGCAGGCGGAGUUUCAGAAGAACCUGUAACAUUCCCUACUGAAACUACGGCAGAUGGAACGAAGGCAGUCGUACAAGAAUUGACGCGAAGGCCUUCCAUGGUUGCCCAUAUGCUGUUGCCUAGAAUAACUAUACAACCGCUUGAUUUACAUGAAGUGGAACAGGCUAAAGUUCCUAUGGAGAAAAUGCCUAGAGCUGAAAUAACAACGGAAGAGAGAGAAACAGUUGUAGGAGAAGUGACAGGAAAGCCAACUGAUCUACAACCGGUGGAGCAGGCUGCAACAACCGUGGAGAAGAUGCCAUCCGAAGUAACCACGGAGGAGAUAGAGACAAUUGUAAAGGGGGUGACGCGGAAACCUUCCAUGGUUGCGCAUAUGUUGCUACGUGAACCAACUGAAAAACCAAUAGGUUUACAGGUGGCAGAGCAGGCUGAGGUACCUGUGGAGAAAACGCAUGAAGUACCACCUACAAUUAAAGCUGAAGUAACGACGGAAAAAAUAGAGACAGUUGUAAAACAGGUCACACGAAAGCCUUCGAUGGUUGCGCAUAUGUUGCUACCCGAACCAACUGAAAAGCCAACAGGUUUACAGCUGACUGAGAAGGCUGAAGGACCUGUUGAGAAAAUACCUGAAGUACCACCCACAGUUCCCGCGGAAGUAACGACGGAAGAGAUAGAGACAGUUGUAAAAGAGGUGACGCGGAAGCCUUCGAUGGUCGCCCAUAUGUUGCUUCUUGAACCAACUGAAAAACCAACGGGUUUACAGCUGGCAGAGAAGGCUGAAGCACCAGUGGAGAAAAUACUUGAAGUACCACCUACAGUUCCCGCGGAAGUAACGACAGAAGAGAUAGAGACAGUUGUAAAAGAGGUGACGCGGAAGCCUUCGAUGGUCGCCCAUAUGUUGCUUCUUGAACCAACUGAAAAACCAACGGGUUUACAGCUGGCAGAGAAGGCUGAAGCACCAGUGGAGAAAAUACAUGAAGUACCACCUACAGUUCCCGCGGAAGUAACGACGGAAGAGAUAGAGACAGUUGUAAAGGAGGUGACGCGGAAGCCUUCGAUGGUCGCCCAUAUGUUGCUUCUUGAACCAACUGAAAAACCAAUGGGUUUACAGCUGGCAGAGAAGGCUGAAGCACCGGUGGAGAAAAUACCUGAAGUACCACCUACAGUUCCCGCGGAAGUAACCACGGAAGAGAUAGAGACAGUUGUAAAAGAGGUGACGCGGAAGCCUUCUAUGGUCGCCCAUAUGUUGCUUCCUGAACCAACUGAAAAACCAACGGGUUUGCAGUUGGCAGUGAAGGCAGAAGCACCAGUGAAAAAAAUACAUGAAGUACCACCUACAGUUCCCGCGGAAGUAACGACGGAAGAGAUGGAGACAGUUGUAAAGGAGGUGACGCGGAAGCCUUCGAUGGUCGCCCAUAUGUUGCUUCCUGAACCAACUGAAAAACCAACGGGUUUGCAGUUGGCAGAGAAGGCAGAAGCACCAGUGGAGAAAAUACAUGAAGUACCACCUACAGUUCCCGCGGAAGUAACGACGGAAGAGAUGGAGACAGUUGUAAAGGAGGUGACGCGGAAGCCUUCGAUGGUCGCCCAUAUGUUGCUUCUUGAACCAACUGAAAAACCAACGGGUUUACAGCUGGCAGAGAAGGCUGAAGCACCGGUGGAGAAAAUACCUGAAGUACCACCUACAGUUCCCGCGGAAGUAACCACGGAAGAGAUAGAGACAGUUGUAAAAGAGGUAACGCGGAAGCCUUCUAUGGUCGCCCAUAUGUUGCUUCCUGAACCAACUGAAAAACCAACGGGUUUGCAGUUGGCAGAGAAGGCUGAAGCACCAGUGGAGAAAAUACAUGAAGUACCACCUACAGUUCCCGCGGAAGCAACGACGGAAGAGAUAGAGACAGUUGUAAAGGAGGUGACGCGGAAGCCUUCGAUGGUCGCCCAUAUGUUGCUUCCUGAACCAACUGAAAAACCAACGGGUUUGCAGUUGGCAGAAAAGGCUGAAGCACCAGUGGAGAAAAUACAUGAAGUACCACCUACAGUUCCCGCGGAAGCAAAGACGGAAGAGAUAGAGAUAGUUGUAAAGGAGGUGACGCGAAAGCCUUCGAUGGUCGCCCAUAUGUUGCUUCUUGAACCAACUGAAAAACCAAUGGGUUUACAGCUGGCAGAGAAGGCUGAAGCACCAGUGGAGAAAAUACAUGAAGUACCACCUACAGUUCCCGCGGAAGUAACGACGGAAGAGAUGGAGACAGUUGUAAAGGAGGUGACGCGGAAGCCUUCGAUGGUCGCCCACAUGUUGCUUCUUGAACCAACUGAAAAACCAACGGGUUUACAGCUGGCAGAGAAGGUUGAAGCACCUGUGGAGAAAAUACCUGAAGUACCACCCACAGUUUCAGCGAAAGUAACGACGGAAGAAAUAGAGACUAUUCUAAAAGAGGCGACGCGGAAACCUUCGAUGGUUGCCCAUAUGCUGCUACCUGAACCAACUGAAAAACCAACAGCUUUACAGUUGGUAGAGGAGGCUGGGGCACCAUUGGAGAAAAUACCUGAAGUACGGCCUACAGUUCCAGCGGAAGUAGCGAUGGAAGAGUUAGAGGAAGUCGUGAAAGAGGUCACGCGAAAGCCUUCGAUGGUUGCCCAUAUGGUGCUACCCGAACCAAUUGAAAAACCAACCGGUUUGCAACUGGCAGAGAAGGCUGAGGCACCAAUGGAGAAAACGCCUGAAGUACCGCCUACAGUUCCUGCGGAAGUAACUAUGGAAGAAAUAGAGACAACUGCAAAAGAUGUGACACGGAAGCCUUCAAUGGUUGCCCACAUGUUGCUAGCUGGAACAGCUGAGGAACCAACUGAUUUACAGCCUGUAGAGAGAAGACCUGAAGUGUAUCCUAGUGGCCCAGCUGAAAUGACGGCACAAGAGGGGGAGACAGCGAUAAAGGAGAAGGCUGAGGAAAAAGUGCCGGAGAUUCCCGUUGCAGGUAUAGCCGACUUCACAAAGGACGAGAAAGUUACCAAAGAAGUAGCACGAAAGCCCUCAGAAGUCGCUCACAUGGUGGUCGUUCAAAUAAGCGAAGAACACAAGGAACUGGAGCCUAGCAAUGAAGUUCAAGGUCCUGUACUAAGCGUCCCCGGGGAGCGUGCAGAAGCAGCGAGUCAGGAGGAGAUGCUUAAGAUGGAGAGGACCGGCUAUGAAAUUGCUGCUAAUAUGAUGCUGGUUGAGAGGAAACCAACGGGAGAGACCGAGAUAGUUGCUGUGCAAGAGGGAAGAAUGAUUGAACAACCAACAUUAGAAGUGGCCGAGGCAAGAGUGCCAGAUAUUCAACACAAACGCGAGACUGUCAUGGAGCCUUCUGUUAAGGAGCCUACUCCUGAAAGUGUCCCCGUCGAAAGUGUAACAGAAGGCACCACUCAGCCCACGGAAGAAACAGAUCAGAUGCGAAAGACUCCUGUGUACGAAGUGCACGAACCUGCUGAAGCCCAAGCUGUACCUCACCUAGAGCUGUCUCUUGAAACGGCCCUAGUAGAGAUCAGACCUGAACACGUAGCACCUGUUUUAGAGGAAGGCAUAUCCGAGCACCCCUUGGAAGACAUCGUAAAGCAUGUCGUGCAUGUAGAACUGCUGCAAAAGGAAGGUGAAAAGCAGGAGGAUCAGAGAGUACCCGCAGCUCGUGCACUUGUUGAGGUUCCAACAACAACUAUUGUAGAAGAACCUUCUAAGCAAGACAUUACCACAGAGAUCCUUAAGAAACCACCUGAAAAGAUCUUGAAAGAUGAAGCAGCCAAGGGGAUUCCAACGAAGAAGGUCUCCCAGGAAGCCGAGGAAAUUGCGAAAAUGACAGAGAAAAUUCCGACAGAAGAAGAGAAACCAUCGGAGGUUCUCCACGGAACACCGCCAUUGAUGUUGACAUACAGUCCAAUACUUCCACCAGUUAUCGCGGAACAGGAGCCCGUUAUUGCUGAAAGGGUGCAAAUUAUUUCCGAACAAGAACCGUUGCUGCCGCCUCCUACACCCGAAAUCCCGCAUGCUGAACCAAGCCGUACAACCCAGGAAGAGAAAGCACGCGUACCUCCUGUAGAGGAGGCGCCACUAACGCUCCCAAGCCCAGAGGCAAAGCCUUCUUUACCUAGGGAAGUAAAGACAUUCGAAGAAACCGAGCCACGCCCUCCCGAUCUAGGCGAAGAACGUCCAUCUGAAGAACCAAUGCGUGCACCACCGCUUCAUAUAGCUGAAUCCCUAUCCGAGCCAAGACCGCAACUGCUGGAAGAGCCAGAAAUGCCAGAAAUAAUUCCUGCCAUAACAUAUGAACCAUUCCAAGUGUCACCGUCUGAACUAGGUGCAGAGCCUAAGGGUAAGGCUGAACAGACAGAAGAUGCACAGCAACCCGCUGGUUCUUCUGAUUUCACUAUAGAACGUGACAUAGGCGAUAUUGCAGGGUUAAGCCAUGCAGAGUUGAUUGAAGUAGCCUUAGAACGACCUCACAAAACACGAUCUGUGAAGGAAGUGAGAAACGUCGAAAGCUCCUUCAUGACCUCGGAGGUACGCGAGGUGAUCCACUAUCCGCACCAUAAAGUCACGAGGACGCAUAUUUCAGAGACAAAAGUUGUAAGAGAGACGAGGUCGUACAGCGAACUUCUUGUAGAACCGAAUUCCGGUGAAACCCAGCCAACAAACGACAGUCAAGCAUCUGGACCCGCGCCGCCCGAACCAACCGCACCCAUAUUGGUGUCACAGGAUAAGAGACGACAAGUGAAAACCAUGUCUGAACAGUCGAUGAGCGGUGGGCCCACCGAUGCAGCAACCAGGCGUCAUCAAAAGAUGCUUAGCAUGGAGCAGAGCAGCCUCUCGGAAGAGUUAAGAGAAUCUGAGAACUUUAGGUCUGCGUCACUAAGUCUGUUGGGGCUGAGAAGAGCAUCCGACUUUUACGAGUUCAGCAAUAGAGGUAAACAGUUAAGCAUGAGAAGCUCAAUAGAAACAUCGUCAGACUUUAUGCCAUUGGACUACGUAGCAACGCUCCCUAGGCAGACACCGAAGGCCGGCCUACCUACAUGCCAAGAGGAGGUAGUCGACGCAUGCUUCAAUGUUUCUGAAUUAGAUAAACUAGAACAUUUUGAGGACUGGACAGGAGGCAGUUUAAUGUCCUCUUCCGCUGUGCCUCUUUCCAGAGGUGUGAUACCACGUUAUUUGGGAAGCAUGUUUGCUUGCUCUGAGGUUAGCAAAGCUAGUGAAUUCACCGAACUCAGUGAAACGCGGUGUGUGACAGAAGAACUGCACAGAAGGAUCGGUGACGCAGCUUCAGAUCAAAAGCAAAACUGAUAACACCACACUGACUUUCAGUCAAUAAUGUGUCAGUGUUCGUGCCGUAAUUGUUUUGAUAAUUAAACAUGCAGACAACAUUG